AUGGAAUCCUUGAAAAUCCAGGAGUCGCAAGACUUGCGCCACGACAGCCCUCCUGUCGCUGCACGUCAAUAUGGUCACGUCGCAAGAGGGGUGAUGGAUCAUUCAGUCUGUGCACAGCCAGAAGAGACCUACAAGCCUGAGCUGCAGGAAAUCUUGCUCUGGCUCCGAACGCAACAAUGCCGCUUGGACGUGGCCGACGGAAUCGAGUUCUUUCUACCUUCAGAGCAGUACCGACAAUUCCAAGAGUUGAUGCAAAAUGACGAGUUUGUUGAAGCGAAGGUGAAAUACGACUAUUCCAGCGACCACGAAACACUGACGUUCAGAAUGGCUGGCCAUAGACACGAAGCCCUUGCUGAUUAUCUCAAGCUGCGUCUGGGAUAUUUCAUCAAUAAGACAAUGGAACACCCGGAACCAGCCAUUGCCGCCUUCGCUUCAUCUCUCAUGCAAACCGGUUCCGCCCGAGUCAAGUAUCCGUCAAGGAAUGGUAAGGGCGGGAUUGAGCGACGUCCAGACCUGACUAUCGCAAACCCAAACAUCAUUCCAUACCCAGUCAUGAUUGGCGAAGUCGCAGUCUCGCAGACCACACAAGCUCUGGAUAACCUCGCACGAGAGUAUGUCGAGUCAACUGACGGUCAGAUUCGAACUGUCAUUGGCCUCGACGUCGAUAAUCUGAUGGGAGCGAGGGUGCGCAUCUCGGUGUGGAGGGCCAAAUUUGGUGAAAACGGGAAGUUCGAGGGCGUCGCCUGCGACGAUAGCGUGGAAGUUCGAAGCAUCGACGGCAUCAAGAAUCCCCACGAUCGCGUCGGACUAUCUCUCUUCCUCGAAGACUUUGCUCUUGGUGACGAAUUGACCAACAAUACGAUUCCUGGAUCUGUGACCAUGACCUUGCAGACCGAUGACCUGUAUGCGAUGGUGGAGAAAGCCGAGGCACUGGAGAAAACUGUGAAGGCCUUGUGGGCACAGCGAAACGGUGGAUAG